AUGGUGGACUGGCAGAGCAUUGUGACUCGAACGACUGAAUUCGCGGAACUGAGGUCGCUAUCCAUCAUAUUCAACGGGAUAUACCUUAGCCAUGAAUUCGUGUGCUUCGUCGCUUACGAUUGGAAGCUCUUAACUCGCAAGGGCGCCUCAGAGCAUACAUCUCUCCUGAUCAAGAGUGUCAAAGUGACGUAUCUAUGCUGCCGCUAUCUCGCCCUUAUAUCAGCCGUCACAGAGCUCUACAUGUACUUUCGUCUUUACCAAGGGUACCUGCCAUGCGAGGUUUUGAUGACGAUGUCAACGGGGAUCGGGGCUCUAGCAACAACUUGUUCGUCGGCACUGAUUGCUAUCCGCGCUCUAACGCUAUGGCGCUGGAAUGCUCGCAUUACUGCUCUGAUCGGCAUCGCGUUUCUUGCUCUUCUGGGUACAGAUAUACAAUCUACUGUACUGGUGCGAUCAACAUACGAACCCGCCUUCAGCCUCUGCUCUACGGAACACGCGAACCAUAGCCUCCCGAACCUGCUUUCGCUCCUUAUCUGCGACGUCGUGGUGCUGACGUGCCUUCUGACUGGUCUUCGCCGCUGGCACGAUCCGCGGAAGAAAUGGGGCGCCUUUCGCUUGUGGACAAUACUCUGGAAUCAAGGUGUUAUCUACCUCGUUCUUGCAUCAGCUACUGAAGUUCCUGCCGUGGUUUUCUUACUUCUGCGCUUGAACUCGGUCAUGAAUUCAAUGUUCACGACCCCACUCGUUGUGAUACUUGUCGUCGCCACGACGCGCUUCUACCGCUCCUUGCACUCGUUCACGCCGAAUCAAACACGGGACGACUUUACGAAUACUGUACGCUUUGCGACCGUUGACAUUGGGACGAGAGGCGAACAUGACGAGGACGGGUUCGAAAUGGCCCGCCGCCGAUAA